UAUUGUUAAUAUAAUGAACGUGGGCUUCUAUUCUUAUUGUAAUACUUAUUUUAGCUCUAAUAUUAACUGCAGAAUAUUGUCUUAAUUCUGUGUCAUAAGUAAAUCGGAGACUACAGAAUUAUCAAGCCAACAAAUCAUUUUAAGAAUGGAACAUAAUAAUAAUAAAGGUUACAGUUAUUUGGAUGGAUUCGUUGAUAAUAUGCAAUUCGAAUUUUGUAAUCGAGUAGCAGAAAUAAAUAAUGAAAUAGGACGAAUACAAGGACAAGUCGUUUAUAGAGAAAGAGAAUUAAAUCUAACUUCACCAAUUUGUACAAAUCAUAAUAUAACUUCUCAAAAUCAAGACAGUAACGCUGAGAUAAAGUCUAAUUUUAUUGACACAGAUACAAUCGAUAAGAAGAUAAUCCUCCUUGAAAAUAAUAGUAAUGGAAUUUAUCUAAAUCUAAGGCUUGAUAUUAGCCAAUACGAUCCUAAAGGAAUUUUAAUAAAUCCCAUUAAUAAUCAAAUAAAAAACACGAAGACAAAAUAAAACUUUAAUUCAUUCUCGCUUGGAAAUUGUUAAAAAUGGCGGUUUGAAACACUCAUUCUACUACGUCACAAGAUCGGUUGUGACGUCAAGUUCAGGCCUGAUAGAUAUUUAGGUGGCCAUGGUUCAGCCCUCCACAAUGGGAGCGACCGAGUGAUAGAGCACGGAGCCAUAUAUAUAAGCAGGGCCAACGAGAGCUUGUAUGGAGUCCAGGGAAGAGCGGUCCACUUUUGCCCAAUAGCAGGUCACUUUUGCUUAUUUUCGAACAAAUAAAAAGCGUUGAAUUUUUUGACAGUAACAUUAAUUUAUAGGUUUUUUUUAGCUCCACUAAAAGGGCCUCUUUUAGCAAGCCCAUUAUGGAUUCGGCCAGGACCACAAUGGGGCGCCCGGGUGGUCGAUUUAUAGGGGUAGGAAUCACCAUCUGCCACUAAGUUUCCUCCAUGUCCAAGGAAAAUUUUCAGCUUUUCGCCCACUUACCGCCAACAAAGAUUCCUGGGUUCUCUGGAGCCGUAAUCUGAUGUUUUAACCAUCUCGAUCAUUCAAUUGUCUUUUUUUUUAUGUUUAUAGUAGAAACGAAAAAUAAUUAUUUUCAUAAUUUGACAUUUUCGUUAAUUUAUUUCAGUGUUAUUAUAUUUAUAUAGGUUACAUCAUAUAUUAUUCGUAUUGAUUAGAUCUAAUGCAUAAUAAGAAUUUCAAUUGACGAAUUUUGAUUCUCUAGAGAACAGAACUAAUCAUUUCGUAUUAAUAUUAAUCGGACUAUUAUAAAGGCAGACUACAAUCAAUACAGACAACUGUAUUUUUCGAAAACUUCCAAAUUAUAUUGCUUUCUACGAUAACACAGAUUUAACCAUAUCCAGCAAAAGAAAAUAUUCUAAUGAAAACUAGUCUGAUGAGGGUAA